AGGAUUCUUGAGUCUGUCAGAAGGUUUGACAUGUUUUGACCUUGCUCCGCCAAAGUCGCGGAGAAAGGGAUCACGAAGAUGUUUUCCCACCUUUUCCGUCGUUUGCCUCGCCACUCCACGCUGUCUUGGGCGGGCGCAGCAGGGGCAGCUGCCGGGGCAGCGGGCACUGCCGGUGCUGUGGGAGUCAUGGUGGGCAACUUCAGACGCAUGGGGCGCUGUGAGGAGGACGUGACAUUUCUCUUGCAGCGCGUGGUGGAGCGACAGGGCCCUGGCAUCGCCCAAGAGUUUGAAGCUGGACGCGCUGUGCUGCAGCAGGUGAAUCAGGUGCUGUCCUCACACUUUGGACAUCUGAAGCUAAGUGCAAUCGAUCCAGUAGCAGUCUUCUUCAAAGUCCUCGAGCAGCAGGAACUUCGAACGCUUCAGUGGAAGAAGGAGCAAGCUUCUGCGACCAUUCCGGGCUUGCAUGAUUUGGAGGGCGAUGUCCUGCUCUUCAAUGAUUUAUUGAAGUACGCCAGAUUGGCAGAUGUUGCCUAUGCUCCGGACGAGGACUUCAUGAGCCAACAACUCGAAGGGGAGUGGAAGUUCUUGACUGGCAGUUCCACUGCCAGGCCGCAACGCCCUGCACAUUUUCUUGCGAUACAAGGGAACAAGGUGGUGCUCGCAAUUCGGGGCACCCAAACCAUUGCUGACUGCCUCACUGACUGUUUGUGCGAUGGGGAGGUAUUUCAUGAUGGCUUUGCUCAUCGAGGUGCCACUGAGGCAUCUCAGUGGCUUUGUCAAGAGUAUGGCCCUGCCUUGAAGUUCUUGGAGGCGAAAGGCUACGAAGUGGUCGUUGUUGGUCACUCGCUUGGAGCUGCUGUGGCUGCGGCAUGCUGUGUGCAGCUGCGGAAGUCAGGGCUUGUUCCAAGUGCUCGCUGUGUUUGCUUCGCUCCACCUGCCACGGUUGAUCCAACCUUGGCCAAGGAGGCUGCAGGCUACAUCACCAGCGUGGUGCACGAUGAUGAUGUCAUCCCACGCCUGCAGAUCAUGUCUAUUUUGCGACUCUACCAAGAAAUUCUCUCCCACAACUGGUUGAGCGGUGCCAAGGAGAUGGUGGGAUGGAUUCGAGAAGACCCACAGCAGAGUUGGAUAUUAGACAUUGGUGAUCAAGCCUUUGGCUUGUUGGAGACACGACUGGAAUCUCAUUGGAAGGAACAAUCUGCCAGGUUUCGAGAGGAGUUGAAACAGUUUGAGGCACAGAGUAAAGAAAUCCAACCGCUCAGCAUUCCCGGCUUCAUAGUGCACCUUUAUAGAUGCCCUGCCGGCUAUGGGGUGAUCAAAGCACCACCCGAAAGCUUUUCGAGAAUAGAGCUGUCUUCCAGCAUGGUGGCUGAUCACUUUCUAGAUGCUUAUAUAGAGUCCCUUCAGAGUGUAUUGCAGGCGGCAGAAGCAUCUCACAGAGAGAAGCUUCAGGCGCUUCAGCGCCUUUUGCCUGAGGGACCUGAAGCUGCUGAGGCGUUUCAGCAGUUUGCUGAAAUCUCAAAAUCAGUUCACGAGCUGGUCUUGAAGGCCAGAUCUACUCUGCAGGCUAGACCUGACACGAGCUAG